AUGAUAGAAUCUGAUAGCAAUGAUAAUCCUGAUCAAGCUAUUCUUGAUAUUGACGAAGUAAGAAUAUUACCUAUGUCACAUAAAUAUAAUCCAUCAAGUAUGCAUGCUGGUCUUCUUAUUUAUUCUGUUGAUGGUCAAACAGAUUUUAUUUUGAAUGAUCCUAUGUUUCGUAUUAAAACAGGUGAUAUACUUAUACAUCAAAUUCAUCAUGUAUUUUCUGGACCAAAUGAAAUCGAUGUUUACCGUGAUUUAAUACAAACAUUAUUGGGUACAUAUCAUAUAAAUCUUAUCGGUUUAGUAUUUACAUUUAGUGGUAAUGGACAAUUUACUAAUUGUAUGAGAUGGGGAUCAAUGCCAUCUCAACAUACAACACCAAUACAUCCAACCGAACAAAAAUUAAUUGAAAUUGUACUUGUUACACUUUAUAUGAAUAAUGCAUGGUUAUCAAUGCCAAUUGCAUCACAUCUUGAUAUGGAAACAUUAUCUCAAAUCGCUAAAAAACAAUAUCUUUCAAAAUUAGCUAAAAUAGAACAAUUGCUUCAUAAAAGACGACAACAACGAGAAAAAUAUCAUUAUUUACAAUUACCAAAGUUCUUAAAAUUAACUCAUCGUCACUCAUCAGAUAAUUUUCGAUCAUUUGAAUGGACACCUAAUAGGCAGCAAAUUUUUGAUGAUACAAUCCAACGUUUACUUGAUGAAUUUUAUAAUCUCAUUUUACAAACAUUUGAAGAAGGAGAAUUUGAUAGGGACCAAUAUGUUUAUUUUGAUGAUAGCACACAAAACUUAUUUUCACAGUUAGCUAAUGAUCAUACACUAGUAACACCUGCGCAAAAUUAUUAUUGGCCACAACGACAAUAUUUCUAA